UACUCGAUUCUUGCCAAGUGCGGUCGUUUUUCCGUGCGCUAAGAGAUCCCAAACCGGUUUAGUGCCGCCGCAUUGUUAUAUUUGGAAAACUUAGAGGAAAAUAUAGAAUCUCAAAAUGAAAAUCGACCUUGUGGUAGAUAAUGGACCGUGCAACACUGAGCUGAGGAGUUGGUGCCUCGGAAUAGCGAUCUACUGGCUCGUUACCAUGACUUUUGGCGUGCUCUUGGCUCCAAACGUUAUCAACUUUAUUGGAUUUGCCAUCGUUGUUGUCGCCAAUAUUUGUUUGCUGAUCGGAACUCAGAGGGAGAAGCAUGGCCUGGUCUUCGUCUGGCUGAUAUUCGCCGCCAUCGAAGCCAUUAGCUUUCCGUUUGCCGUUUUCGGUGUAAUCUUCCACUACGGAGGUUACCGUGAGGCCGUCGGUACUAGUAGCCUCUUUGGUGCAUUGCUCAUCUACAUCAUUACGCUCUUAAUUGUUGCCUUCUGCGCCCGUAUUGUGUACUCCUUCUACCUGCAGCUUAAAGGUCGCGCGGACAGCAAUCCUCCACGCACCACGAAUGUGGUUUAGUGCCUAACCUUUAGUUUAUUUGUCGGGGAAGGCCCGCAUUCUACUUAAUCCACCGUUUUGAAUAAAGUUAAUUCUAGCCUUCUGCAUUCAUGUUGUAAACUAUUUCUACCUCCAGCUUAAUAAUCGCGAAGGCAGCCAUACUUCAGUGCCUAAUCUAUAACUUAUUUUGUCGGGGAAGCCCCCCAAAAUUCUACUUAACACAGUGCUGUGCUUUUAAUAAAGUGCGAUUUGUAUUUGAUUGCAGUUUGUCGUUAAA